AUGGACUGCGGUGGCGCGCUGCAGCUCCCGCCCGGGUUCCGGUUCCACCCCACCGACGACGAGCUGGUGAUGUACUACCUCCUCCGCAAGUGCGGCGGCCUGCCGCUCGCCGCGCCGGUCAUCGCCGAGGUCGACCUCUACAAGUUCGACCCAUGGCAGCUCCCAGAGAAGGCGUUCGGUGGGGAGAAGGAGUGGUACUUCUUCUCGCCGCGCGACCGCAAGUACCCGAACGGGUCGAGGCCGAACCGGGCGGCCGGGACGGGGUACUGGAAGGCCACCGGCGCCGACAAGCCGGUGGGGUCGCCGCGCCCCGUGGCCAUCAAGAAGGCGCUCGUCUUCUACGCCGGGAAGCCGACCAAGGGCGUCAAGACCAACUGGAUCAUGCACGAGUACCGCCUCGCCGACGUCGACCGAUCCGCCGCCGCACGCAAGAAGACCAACAACGCGCUCAGGCUGGAUGACUGGGUGCUGUGCCGGAUCUACAACAAGAAGGGCGUGAUCGAGCGGUACGACACGGUGGGCGACGACGGCGACGACGCCGUGGCCGACGACGUCAAGCCUGCGCCGGCGCGGGCGGCGUCCAGGAACAACCCGCGCGCCGGUGCCCGCGGCGGGGCGGCAGCGGCGCCGAUGAAGGUUGAGUUCCCGGAGUACGGUGGGUACUAUGACUACGACGACCUCGAGACGCCGUCGGCGGGGAUGCUGUGCUUCGACCGCCCGUCUGCCGCGGUCCCGACGGCCCCGGCCCCCGCGCCCGCGAUCUCGCCGGCGCUGUCGUCGCCGCCUGCGGACGCGGACCUCGACCCGGACCGCGACGACUCGAACAACUCCAUGCCGUGGACGACGCACCACCACACGCACACGGACAACUCCAGCUGCGGGUCCGAGCACGUGCUGUCGCCGUCGCCGGACCUGCCCGACCGCGACCACGCCGAGAGCCAGCCGGGCGCCGGCGCCGCGUGGUGGCCCGUCGGCGGUGGCGAUUGGGGAAGCGCCGCCGUUGCCGAGGACGGGUUCAUGGUCGACGUCGACAUCGACGAUGGGAGCUCGCUGUUCGGGCCGCCGUCCCCGGGGCUGUUCGCCCGCGUCGACGCCGCCGCGUUCGGCGACAUGCUCGCGUCCUACCUGCACAAGCCGUUCUGA